ACGUCAUACAUAUAAAUCACUAUCGUCCCUUCACCGACGGCGCAUUUUAGCAACAAGCCUUGUAGUUUGCAACUAUAAUCACCGCUGACUUAAGAUUCCAAAACGGCAACACCCCUCCCCCUAAGUAAGGAGCUCCACUCCACUCCACUCCGAGAGAAAGAGAGAGAAAGUGUGGGCAAUGCUUCGAUAGAUCAUCCGCACUCUCUAAAUGCUUGCCUAAUUGUAAGAUUAAAUCAGCUUUAAGUCUGUUAUUUUCCCGAUUUGCUUUGGAGAUUGUGGUUUCUGAGGGUAGAAAGAAUGAUGGGUCGGUCGACGGUUUGGGGAUCAAGGAAUGCAGGUUUUAGGCCGGAGAAUUUAGGCCAAGAUGCACUAGCUAUGAUAAGGAACCUCGGUUUCACGGUAUUUGUGCUUGGGGUCUUGAUUUUCACUAUAAUAGCGGCCACUUAUCAGCCUGAAGAUCCAUUGUUUCACCCUUCUACUAAGAUGACUAAUUUUCUUACCUCCAAAUCAAAUGCCACAUUUAAAGCUGAUGACACCGUGGUAAAGACGGGGGAGGACUUUAUUGGUGCAAAUCAGACUGCAUUUGCUACGUUUAUUAACCUUACUGAUGUUGAUAUUGCGUUGCCAGUCACCGAAACUGAAACUGGCAAUGAGCUUGAAUGCCAAGGGAAAACUGAUGAGCCUAUUGACUGUAAGGACCCGGAUGUGUUCCAUUUGUUGAUGAAAGCUACUAUUGAGAAGUUCAAGGAUGUACAUUUUUACAAGUUUGGGAAGCCCGUCCCUGGCUCGAAUGAGACCUCCUGUCACAUGGCAUGGCGGUUUAGGCCUAAGGAAGGAAAGAGUGCUGCGUUUUACAAAGACUACAGGAAUUUUGUGAUUUCUAGGUCAGAGAAUUGCACACUUAGCGUGGUUGAUAUUGGGGAAUAUCAUUCAGGUGGGAAUGCUAGGAAGAGGAAGAGAGACCGCAAGAAAGCUGGGAAGUCAGAGGAGGGAUUCGAGAAGGCACCAAAGACAGAGGACCAGGGUAUUGCUCUGCCUGUGGUGGGGGAAGCUGUGAACGACUCACUUCCUGUUGUGGAAUCGGAGAGUUCAUUCAGUCGGGGGAAGUAUUUGAUUUAUCAUGGUGGCGGUGAUAGGUGCAAGAGCAUGAACCAUUAUCUGUGGAGCUUCAUGUGUGCAUUGGGUGAAGCUCAGUAUUUGAACCGGACCUUGGUAAUGGAUUUAAGCAUCUGUUUGAAUAAGAUGUAUACUUCAUCUGGUCAAGAUGAAGAAGGGAAGGAUUUCAGGUUUUACUUUGAUUUUGAGCAUUUAAGGGAUUCAGCCUCUGUCCUGGACCAGACUCAGUUUUGGCAAGAUUGGACCAAGUGGCACCGGAAAGAUCGGUUGAGUCUUCAUCUUGUGGAGGAUUUUAGGGUUACGCCAAUGAAGUUAGCUGAGUUGAAGGAUACUUUAAUCAUGAGGAAGUUUGGCUCUGUGGAACCGGAUAAUUACUGGUACAGGGUGUGUGAGGGAGAGACUGAAUCUGUUGUUCAACGGCCAUGGCACCUGAUAUGGAAGUCGAGGAGGCUGAUGGACAUAGUUUCAACAAUUGCAUCAAGGUUGAACUGGGAUUAUGACUCUGUUCACAUCGUGAGAGGUGAGAAGGCAAGCAAUAAGGAACAGUGGCCACAUCUGGCUGAAGAUACUUCACCCGAGGCUGUCAUGUCCUCCUUGAAGGACAAAAUCGAAGAUGGCAGGAACUUGUAUGUUGCAACCGACGAACCAGACAUAUCAUUUUUUGACCCUCUGAAAGACAAGUAUUCCACGCAUUUUCUGAACGAAUAUAAAGAUCAAUGGGAUGAAAAAAGUGAGUGGUAUUCAGAGACAGCAAAGCUUAACGGUGGGAAUCCCGUGGAAUUCGACAGUUACAUGAGAAUUUCUGUUGAUACAGAGGUUUUCUUGAGGGGUAAAAAGCAGGUAGAGACUUUUAAUGAUCUCACCAAGGACUGCAAGGAUGGGAUUAACACUUGCACUUCCUCCACCUAAUUUCCUUCAUGAAGUUCUCAAAGUUAGCUGCUCUUGUGCUGGAUAGAUAUGUGUAAUUUUAAUAUACCAUGUUUGCUCUAGGAAAGUUUUGCUUUGUGUUUUGCAGUUCAAAACGUUUGAAGCUUCCCCAAUCUUUGUACUUCAGGGGAGGAAAAUAAGACUAAAUUAUUUUAUUUGCCUGUGUUUAUUACUUGUGUUGUUUGUAGUUGUACUCUUUGAAUUUCCCCCUCUUCUUAUACUUGAUUAGCUCAUAAUUUAUCUUGUCUA